AUGGCGGACGAAGAGUCUGUGAACUGUCGACCACACACCCCCACGGACGGAGCCAGCGCUGCUGCUGCCCCGGACGGCACCGCCCUGGACCACCACCACGACGACGACAAAGACAACGCCCCCGUCGGCCGCAGCAACAGCAGCAGCAGCAGCAGCGGUGGGAAGGUUUCCAACCGCUCCCGCGCUGCUGGUGUCGUCGCCCCAGCUGGUCACGAGGGGGGUUUUGUGCAGCCGGCCUCUUACCUGCGGCCCCGAGGCCUUUCUCAUCCAAUGACGCCUGUGCAGCCCGAGAGGGCGAUUGACAGGGACGAGCGAUUGGGCUUGGCACUGGGUGUAGCCCCUCCUGAAACCAUCUCCAUCGAUCCGGAACGGCCGCUCUAUGAAGCUUGUCGCCGAAUGCUCUCGUCCCGCGCUCGGAGAAUACCUCUUGUAUCGAACGACAGUCAGACCGAUCGACAGCUGGUAGUCAGCGUCGUCACUCAAUACCGAAUUCUCAAGUUCGUGGCGGUCAACGUUGGGGAAACGCAGAAGCUGCGGAAGCCCUUGAAAGAGAUCCGGCUGGGUACCUAUCAUGACAUCGUAACGGCAUCCAUGGACACACCCGUCAUUGACGUGAUUCACAAGCUCGUCGAGCGCAGUAUAUCCAGCGUACCAAUCGUAAACUCAGAAGGCAUCGUAUACAAUGUUUUUGAAGCGGUCGAUGUGAUCACGCUGAUCAAAGGCGGCGUGUAUGAUGACUUGAACCUUAGCGUAGGAGAGGCGUUGAAGAAGCGCUCACCUGACUUUCCUGGAAUUUAUACCUGCUCGAUUAACGAUGGCCUUGACACCAUUUUUGACACCAUCCGCAAGUCUCGGGUUCACCGGUUGAUUGUGGUUGAUGACCACUUCCGCCUCAUCGGUGUUCUCACGCUGAGUGAUAUUCUGCAGUAUAUUCUUCUCGAAGGCGAGAAUGAAGAGUGGUAA